CGAGAAGGGGGAGCGUGGAAGAUUCGAAGUAAGGUUGAUAGUGUCGCCGCAAUGCGAGGAAUCGUCCAAAUGACGCACGCGAAAUAUCGCUGGCCGAUUGGUUGAUAGCGAAAAGGAGAUAGGAGAAAGAGAAAGAAAGACGGCAGAAUAGAGAAGACGAGGAGAGUAAGAGUGAGAAAAGGAGAGAGAGAAAGAGCAACAGCGUAAGCGAAGGAGUGCGCGGUGUAGUGCGUGUGUCGGUCGGUCGGUCGUCGCCGCCAUGCUAGUGGUUAGUUUAGUGAACCAAACAUCAUGAUGUGGCAAAACGUUUGCACGAGCUAAAAGCUGGAGCAACGCCGCGUUAACCGGCGCGCCGUCGUUAUGUUAUCCACAAUAACUCACGAGGUUCGAUAAAAAAGCGUAAACAUUGUUGAACGCGAAUAGUACAAACAAACAAACAUAAGCAAGCAAAAAAAAUCCCCCCACGACUAUUAGAGUAUCACGGCAAGAGAGGAAAGGAGACGAAGACGAAGACGACGACGACGACGACGACGACGAGCACGGUAACGGCGACAACGACAGCGACGGCAACGGUGACAGUGACGGUGACGGUGACGGAACGUCGACGACGACAGCAACGAUAACAGCGACAACAACAACGGCAACGGUGACAGUGACGAAGAUUAGAACGACGACAAAAAAAAAACAACGUACAGCCCACCGGUACUAUCGCUCCGAAAACGAUCACGACGAAGACAACAGUGGCAACAACGACGACGGCAACGACGACGACAACGACGGCAACUCGUCCGCGUCUAAACAUUCGCGAGUGGGAUAUCGCGUUAUGUCAGUCCCGAUGUAAAUUAAAAUAUGAUCGUAUGUGCUGGAGUGAGAGAAUAACGAGAAGAUAUAAGCAUCCUUACAACGAUAUUAUAUAUCGAGAGUGACGAGUGUCAACGAUCAGCCUCCAUCGCGCGGUAAGGAGACGAUCACGAACGUAUACACGAUGUUGGAUCCAAGUGUUUUGACGGAUUUAGAGGAGCUUACGCUUUGCACUUAUUGCAAACAGAAAUUCAAUGAUGUUGAACUGUGUCCUAAAUAUCUUAGUUGCAAACACUAUUUCUGCUUGCGUUGCAUAGAAAACAACUUGUUGAAAGGGCGUGAAUUAUUUUGUGCUCAUUGUUGGAAGAGGACCGACCUGGGUGAUCAAGGACCAGAUUCUUUGCCGACUUAUUCUCCACUUCUUACCCUAGCAAACAACCUCCCUCAUUUAAAGAACACAUCUAAUAAAUGCGUCGAAAAAGAAAGAAAGAGUGAAAAUUGUCACACUCAUGGGAUGCCUUUGGCUUUUUGGUGCGCAACGUGUUGCAAGGCACUUUGCAGAGCCUGUGCAACGCCUCAAGAACAUCCGGGACAUCAGAUUAAGUCGCAAAUCGAUGCCAAAGAACAACUUAUAGCUGAGGUCCAAUUGGAACUAGUCGCCAUGGGGAAGCUGUCGAACGAGAUACAAAGACUGGCAGUACAUCAACGAGGAUUCUUAAUGAAAGUAUUGGAGGCAUGCGUUACUUUGAAGACACACGUGGAAACGGAUCUACAUAACGGUUGGAGCCAUUUACCAGAACUUACGGAUGCUCGUGAAACUUUAGGAAAAGCAAAGGCCAGUUUGUCGGUUUAUGACAACCCUAGCGACGUUUAUAAUUUACACUCCCAAUUAAUCGUCGAAAAGCAAAGGUUACAAUCCAAGUACCAAGAUAUGAUGCUGCAAUGUCAACUGGACGAUUUGAUAGGAAAUUCCGUAGUUGUUUUCAACUUUGAUACCUUAAAACAAGCGUUGGCGGGUAUACAUGUUGGAGAAUCGAUUGUUUCUCAAACAUCCAGCAAUGGUGGUAGAUUGGCCAAUCAUGCAAUGGCUUCGCAUAAUCCUAUACUGUUCCUUGCAAAUUAUUGUAUGUCGCAAUUGUACACGAGACAUCUCGUUAAGCAACACAUGCAAAAUGGUUCGAUCGAGUAUCACCCAAGUAUGAUGGGCCCGCAACAAGCUCCACCUGGAUCGGUUCACGUUCAUCAAGGUCCUCCUCCGCCAUCUCAAAACAAUCAACAGCAGCAAUCACAAUCUCAACAGCAGCUUUUAAUCCCACCUGGUUCGCCGUCCGUGAAACCCGUUCCACCUGCUCCACAGAAUGCUAUGUUGCAUCCGCAACAACAAUCAACGUUUAUGUCAGAGGCAGUUGGCGCUAGCGGGACAAGUCUGGUAACCGUCCAUUCAUCUCCCCAACCACCGUCCACGGGAAUGGCGGCGUCUCUUCGUGGCCCAUCCAACCCCUAUCCGCUGUAUUACUUCAAUAUCGAGGUCAAUGGAUCUCCUCACGGCCGUAUAGUUAUCGAAGUUAGACCGGAUGUCGCACCAAAGAUGGUGAAGAAUUUUAGCAUGUUAGCAACCGGAGAAGUUGGACUUGGUUACAAGGGAUGUACCAUAUUUCAAUGCUGGGAAGGAGAGUCCGUAAUAACGGGAGACUUCGAGCUUAACAAUGGCCGAGGAGGAAGAAGCAUAUUUGAAGAUGGCUACUUCAUGCCGGAUGACACUAAGUUUCCAGCGGUCAGAGGUACCGUAGGAAUGAGAAGAACGCAGAAACGUCACGACAACCUUGGUAUGGUGGGCUCACAAUUUCGAAUCAUACUACAAGAAAUGCGAGGAUUUACGGGAAUCUUCGGCCACGUCGUGGAAGGGCUUGAACUAGUUGAAAAGAUAUCAACGUUUGGUGAUCAGACUGGCAAGCCUACUAAGAAUAUUCUAAUUACGAACUGUGGUAAAUUGUAACGGCUUCUCCAUUACGUUUGGUACUGAAGGGUAACGAAUACCUAAUCAUACCUUACGUUCUUUCCCGUUCUAGAUAAACUAAAGGGAGAGUGUUGCGACAGUGUCACCAAGAGAAAACCAAAAAUAGCAAACGAAACACGGGCUUCUUAUGCAUAUUGAUUUUUUUUUGUCUGAUCUGGGUUGGGGUCGGUAUACGUCUUAUCGAGGAUAAUAUGUAUGGAGAAUAACGCGCGUAUAUACGUAAUAUCUAACGGAAAGAUAUUAUGUCUCCAUACGUAAAUUCUAAUUGGAGGACAUUGUCGCAACAUAUAGUUUAAAACAAAUCGCGAUGCUUCGUAUGAAAUCACACAACUUAAUUAACUAUUUACAAUAGAAUCUAAAGAUGUUGAAUAAUCUAUUUUUAAACGUGGACGUGUUAGAGAUGAUUGAUGCUGCUACUACUAAAAAAUGAUGAUGAUAAUGAUAAAAAAAGAUAAAAGAAAGAUUAAAAAAAAGAAGAAGAAGAAAAAAUAAAUAUCCAUAUUUUGCUAUUGAUUGAGAAUCACGAAGAUUCUAUGUCUACAAUAACGACGUUGAUCGAAACAUACGUACCUCAGAUCGAUCGUGAUAUCGAUACGACUUCUAGCUGUACGGUAUUUGUUUUAGAAGAGUUUCAACAUUUAUUUUUGGCUAUAAGCAUAUAUUGCUACUACGUAUAGUUUAUAGAGCGUGUCGCACGUUGCGGAGUGAAAAAAGUCACGUGGUAAAAAUGUAAGUGGAAGAAAAAAAGAAGAAGAAGAAGAAGAAGAAUAAGAGAACGUGACAGCAAAACUUCGGCGUGCGCUUCUAAUGUCUUAGGUCGUAGAUAGUAUAAAAUCGUAUAAAAAUCGUAUAAAAUCGUGUGAACGGGAAAUAACUAUGAAAUCUGAUGAUCUUUUUUUUCUCUUUUUUUGGAGAGGGGGGGGGUCUAUUUUUAUGUUUCCUUGGAUGCGAACACGUGCUUACGUGUGUGUAUUUUCUAUGUACGUACACACGUAUACACGUGAAUAAAAAAGAAAGCACAUUAAGGUCGGGGUUUAUAAAAUAAGGGUCGAAAGACGCGCUUAACUUCGAAUUAUUCGGUAACUGUGAUUCCGUACGCAGGAUCGUUUUAGAAGUUAAAAACAAAAAAAAAUAAUAGUAACAAAAAAAAAAGAAGAAGAAGAAAUUACUGAACGAUACGUAGCCAAGUAAGAAGACUAUUCCGUUUAGUCGUCUUAUAAACGAUCGCGUAUCGUUCCAUUCCGAAAGGAAGAGAAAGAAGCCAAAAGGGAAAGAAAAGCAACCAAAAGAAAUUAUUUUUAACGUAUACGUUUUUCCUCAGGGAAGGGAAUAAUAUUACAAACAAAAAAAUUUCGUCAGGUCUCAUCGAGAGAAAUGUGUUCCAAAUGUUUAUUCCCUUUUUGCUCUUUCUGUCGACUAAUUUAAGUCGUCGUAAAUUAAAGUGUAUUUAAGUUUAGAUCUCAAAAUGCAAAUGUAUACAAGGCCUAACUACUACUAUGUAGACCGUAAGCCUCAUCGUCUGAUGCAGAAGACAAAACGAACGGAAUUUAAUGGAUACAUACGUACAAACACACGGCCAUGCAUACGUAUACACGCAUACAUUCGAUUACACACACACACAAAAUAAUACACACGUUAAACGAAAUCAUUCCUCGAUACUGUAUAUCGAAGUAUUACGAUAAUGUAAUGCGUUAUAGUAUUCGUUUAAAUCCCACGUAAAAAGAACAAAAAAAAAGUCCCAUCGUUAUAUAUCGUACUAUCUCGUGUAAAACGUGUGCGAGCGACGCGUUUCUAAAGAAAAAAAAGAAAAAAAAAUAUAUAUAUGAAGAAGAAAGUGUAAGAAUGAAAUGUGCGACUUUAAAAAAAAAAAAAGAAAUGGCAAGGCACAUUAAUCUCACACGUAUAUAGGUAUAUACAUAUAUGCACGCCUUCGUCGUCGCGGUUGCCUUUUUUGAAGAGAGCCUCAUUCGAUGUUGAACUUGAAAGUUUUAACACUUGUUGAUUAGCUGAAUAAUGCGUCGCGUGCGAUAGAAACGCAUCAUCGCGGCGACGAACGAAAUGUAAGAAUUGCCGUUUUAGAAUAAUUACAUGGAAAAAAAAAAAAAAGAUAAGAAAUUACACGUAUACAACACACAACAACAAAAAAGAAACUACAAA